CGCCGUCGACUUGGUCAAUGUCUCUGUCGAUGCCGGCGCUCAGGGGCCGCUGAUGCCAGACAUGGUUGUUCAAGACUUGGCUGAAACCGAUGGUUCGAAUUCUACAACAACGGACACCCUACUCAAUGAUUCAAGCUGCCCUUCCCCAAGCCCUGCGGGUUCAAGCUGGGGUCUGCAAGCCUGCCGUCAGAACCAAGCGGACCUCUUUCAAUACAGCGUCUAUUAGAGCCGAGACGAGCCUGACGCGAACUCUGAACUCGUGCGUCAGGUGCAGGUUCGUUCGAAACAGGUGCUCUCCCAACCCACAUGACCUUGAUGGGCCGUGCCUUACCUGCAUGAGAACGGUUCCCAAGAUGGCAAGGCUUCCAUGCCUCAGGUACAAGAUCACAGAGAGCAACCUCUACCGGACCGCCUUCCAGCACUUUGAGUUCUUCAGGCUACAUCUGAUGGUUGGUCCCACCUACGGUGAUUUCUACAUCAAACGGCAGUGGACGCAGAGCGAGACGAAGGUCCUAGAAUUCGCGCAGGACAGCAACAUCGUCCUCAAACUGAGGGUGCGGGAGUUUAUGCCCACCGCUGAGGAGCUCCUGUCUGACGACACGAGGGGCAACAAGAUGUACGGCAUCCCGUGGGCGAUCGCCGACCCGGACGAGGCGACGAGGGCUGUGAACCUCUACAUUGAUCGCUGCGUUGAGGCGUACCUGAACACCAUUCUGGACGACUCUAAUCAUCUCGUAUGGGAUGUCUUUCACUGGGCUAUGAGGCUCUCGGUGUUCCCCGAACCAAACAAACUCUUAUCCAACGUGAUUCGCCUUUGGGUGGCAUGUCGAUUCCUCGAGGGCCGCUGGCGGUGCUCGGGAGGGGACACUCUCGGCGCGGAGGGCCUCUCGCACCGCUACGGCAGGAACCCCAUCGUCCAAGUGCCACCAUUCAUCAACUACCAGAUGGCCGCCGUCUUCACGGAGCGGAUCCUGCAGCCACUGCGCAUCACGGUCCUGAAGCGGCUCCAGGACGUGAUUUUAGCCAACAAGGCGAGCAACUGGUUCGUAAUUUCUCUGAGCGUGUUCAUCCUGCUGCACAACUGCGAGCUGCAGUGCCGGUUCCAUAGGGCUUUCGCAAAGCGGCGUGGAUUUCCGGUGCGAUUCGUAGAAAUGCCCAUCAUCCGGGCUAUACACUCUAGCGCAAAGACGAUCCUCGCCCACUUCCACUACAUCUGUAAGGGCCAGCGGCCGUUCUCCCCAGACUCCAACUGGGACUCCCCCGAGAUGAAGAGGAUGGCGCAGCUCGACGACGAGCAGAUCCGCUUCCUGAAGCAAUACCAGAAUCUGGUCCGGCAGAAAGCCGCCGUAAUGCAGGCUGUUAGUCUGACCCACGAUUAUGAAGAGGGAUACUGGUUCAUUGCGCAAAUCUUUGAUCCCGACUGGGUGCCGAGACAAACCAACGAACACUCGCUGCCGGCUUAGCCUAUCCGGGCAGAUUGACCGAUUUGCGUGGGCUGCCCGUGGUGAUAACUUGUCAGCUUGAUUUCAUGGGGGACGCGAGGUUGUGCAGGUGCCGAAUGACAGGCAUGAACAGGCACCAUUGAAU